AUGGAGAACGUGACGGUGGUGACUCCUCUCAAACAGCCGAUUGUGUUCGAGCUGGAGGGUUUCUUUAUCCCUCUGGGCUACGGCGCCUUUUUCUUUACCCUGGCCCUUAUUCUCUUCAUGAUAAUCCUGCUGGCCAACGGCCUGGUGCUCGGCGCCAUCGUCCUGGACAAGAACCUGCACAGGCCCAUGUUUGUGAUGGUUGGUAACCUGAUGGUCUGUGACUUGUUGGGGGCCACGGCCGUUCUGCCACGCAUCAUGAUGCACUUCCUGAUGGGCCAGAAGAAGAUUGCCUACAUCCCGGCCAUCGCUCAGGCCUUCAGCGUGCAUACGUACGGCACGGGAGUGCAGACCAUUCUGGGUGUGAUGGCCUACGACAGGUACAUUGCAGUGUGUGAGCCUCUCAGGUAUAACACCAUCAUGACGCCGGCUCGGCUGCUCUCCUGCUGCACUCUCGCCUGGUUUUUCGCUCUGCUGGGUAUUAUUGUUCUCUUCUCCUUCCACAUGAACGCCCCUCUGUGUGGCAACCUCGUCCAACACGUCUACUGCAGCAACCGAUCCAUCCUGAGGCUGGCCUGCAGGCCCACCCCCAUCAACAACAUCUAUGGUCUGGUUAUUACCUGGUCUUACAAAUCUGUCACCUUCAUCAUUACUGCAGUUUCCUACUUCAGAAUCCUGCACGUUUCUUUAAAACGUGGCCGAGCUGCGAGCAGGAAGGCCUUCCAGACGUGCACGGCACAUCUCACUGUGUAUGUGCUCUAUGAAAUAGCUACAGUGGUCAUAGUUGUGAGUCACAGGUUCCCCUCACUCUCACAAAACAUCAAGAAGUUCAUCAGCAUCCUGUUCAUCAUCCUGCCGCCGGCUCUCAACCCCAUCAUCUACGGACUGGCCAAACAGUCUUUUACUGAGAGGGGUCUGGCUGCAGACCUCCACCGACAGGCCCCCUCCACCGUCAGGCCCCUUCCACCUUCAGGCCCCCUCAACAGUCGAGCCUCCUGCACCGUCAGGCCCCCUCCACCGUCAGGCCCCCUCAACAGUCGAGCCUCCUGCACCGUCAGGCCCCCUCCACCGUCAGGCCCCCUCAACAGUCGAGCCUCCUGCACCGUCAGGCCCCCCUCCACCGUCAGGCCUCCUCCACCGUCAGGCCUCCUUCACAGUCAGGCCCGGAAGUAA